GGGACCUGCCAGGACCUGCACGGGGAUCCUCCCUCGGCGCCUUUGAUGCGCUGCCAGCACCGCCUGGGGCUGGGGAGACCGAGGGGGCUCCCUCCAACCCCUUUGUGCAGCUCCAAACCUCUCCAAAAUAUCCCAAAAUAUCCCCAAACCUGGGAAAACCGCGUGUGUCACCCCCACCGCCGCCUCUCCCCGAAACCACGGAGCCACAGCCCAAAUCCCUUAAUUAGGGCUUGGCUGGGAUGUGGCCCCUGAAAUGCCACCGUGGGAGCGGCAGGCCGGGAGCCAGGGCGGCCCAAGGGGGCUGGGCCACCCUCAUUCCCCGGCUCCCAAAACUUCCAGCUCCAUCCCCAUCCCUGCCUCCUCCUCCUCCUCCUCGUGCUGAUCCAGGGAGAGGCACUGGGAGGGAAGGGAGGAGGCUCCAUCUCCUCCUCCCCGGCGGCGCCUCGGCGUGCCGGGGCAGAGCCGCGUGCCGGCGGGGAGCGCCAUGGCCGAGCGGCUGUCGGAGGAGAAAAUCGCCGAGUUCAAGGAGGCCUUUUCCCUCUUCGACCGCGACGGCGACGGCUGCAUCACCACCAAGGAGCUGGGCACCGUCAUGCGCUCGCUGGGCCAGAACCCCACCGAGGCCGAGCUGCAGGACAUGGUGGGCGAGGUGGACGCCGACGGCAGCGGCACCAUCGACUUCGCCGAGUUCCUGUCGCUGAUGGCCAGGAAGAUGCGGGACACGGACAGCGAGGAGGAGAUCCGCGAGGCGUUCCGCGUCUUCGACAAGGACGGCAACGGCUACAUCAGCGCGGCCGAGCUGCGGCACGUCAUGACCAACCUGGGCGAGAAGCUGACGGACGAGGAGGUGGACGAGAUGAUCAAGGAGGCCGACUGCAACAACGACGGCCAGGUCAACUACGAGGAGUUCGUGAGGAUGAUGACGGAGAAGUGACGGCCCUCGCCGGCUCCGUUCUGCAGGGAACAGAGGUUGUGGUGCUUCUCCCCCAGCCCCUCCAUCCCCUCCCACCUUCUCCAGGCUGGAAAAAAAUCCUCUUUUAUCCCAUUUGGAGCGUCACCAAGCGGCGUCUGCAUCGGCUGUGGGAUGCAGAUGGACACGGGGUCCCCGUGGGAUGUCUCGUGUCUGUUCCAGUGGCCACUGGAUAUUCCCUGGAUUCCCCAAGUCCAAUAAAAAACGUCCCCCCACGUCCUGGUGGCUGCUUCAUUCGGCUUCUCCUCGAGAUCCCUGCUCACAGAUAUUCCCUCAAAUCACCCUGGUCAGGCUCAGCCCCCGCCUCAUCUCCGUCCUCUUCCCAUUCCAUCCCUUUUCCCGACAGGCUGGGAAGAUGCUGGAGACCUGGAUGUGGCCGUCCCAAACCUCAUCACUUUUGGGAUCAGGAUCUCGGGGGUUCUUUUCCCUCUUCCAAGCUAAGAAAAGCUGGAUUUGUCCCUAACCCCCAUCCCAGAGCUGAGCAGAGCAGGAUUCACUUUCCUGGCCGUGAUCCCAAACUCGCCGUGCCUCAGUUUCCCCACAGCGAGGGGGGAUCCUGGGAUGGAAUCCUUCCCUCCACAGAGGAAUUGGAAUGAAAAUUCCUUUUAAUGGAUCUAAUUAAUGCCCCGUGCUAAUGAGCAAACGGGGCUGAGCUGCUCCGUGGGGAAUUUUGGGUCUGCCACGACUCCAGCCCCACUUCCAGCCCAUCCCUGGGGCUGGGAACUUUGGCAAUCGCAGUUGUUUUCCCGGGAAAACCGGGCGGGUCCUGGCAGAGCUGAGCACGCCCACGCUCACUCCCAGCACCUUCUCCCUCACACUCACAGGGUGAGAGCGGGGCAAAGUCCAGCCCCAAAACCCCCAAAUCCAGCCCCAAAACCCCCAAAUCCAGCCCCAAAAUCC